UUCACUUCAACGGUUUUAGUGUUCACAGCGAAAAUAUCGAAAAGUGGAUUGAGAUGGCAACAUACAAAAAUAUCCUUUCGGUGAUAUUAUUUUCAACUUUACUUAGCCCUUAAGUGGUUUUAGCUGAAUCUUGCGAAAGUUCUGUUGAAAACAAUAUAAACAGUAUGAAGAAUGUUUUGUUUAUUAGAAAACGAAUAUAAUUUGCUAUCAGAUGAGAUUUAGCGUGCCACUUGGUCGUUAAUAAUUAUGAAAAGAACAAUAAACCGGAUCAAACAAACCGCAAUUUUCAUAACACAGGACUGUAGAAUUCCCAGUCAAACUCCAGACUGUAGUGCAGUGCAUCCCGAUAAGGACAAUUUCGUUGUCAUAUCUGUUUGCAGUUGUAUAAAUGUGAAUAUGGCCGAUCUGUUAACGCAAUAUUUUAAAGAGCAGCCUGUUGUAGAAAUAAAAUUUACCAAUGGAAGCUCUAUUGUCAGCGGUUGCAAUGGAACUAUCAAUAAUGAAACUCCUCAAUUAGACCAGUAUAGAAUUAUUAGAUCUUGUCGAGACGCUAAUUAUUCUGGUAAAUACUUAUUAAAAUUGGAUAGUACAGACGAAGGUUUUCCCGUGUUUUGUGACACGAAAUAUGAAAAUGGAGGCUGGAUUAUUAUACAACAUAGAUUCAAUGGAUUUAUGGACUUCUACAGAAACUGGGACCAAUACAGGCAAGGAUUUGGAGAAUUCGAUAGUGAAUUCUGGCUAGGAAAUGAUAAGAUUCAUCGGUUAACAGCAGCUCAACCUCGGGAGAUCCACUUCGUGCUAAAAGAUUGGGAUAACAAUUCUGCAACAGCCAAAUACUCCUCCUUCCAGAUAGGCAACGAAGCGGAGAAAUACGUUUUGAAGAGUGUAGGAACAUUUUCUGGCACGGCCGGAGAUUCCCUGACACGUGGUUUGAAUUCCAAAUUUUCGACUGCGGAUCAAGACAACGAUUCCAGCAAGUCCCAUUGUGCUGUUUUGUAUCACGGUGCCUGGUGGUACGAGAAUUGUCAUUUAUCAAACCUGAACGGAAAGUAUGUCAAAGGAACUACAAGCGAAUAUGCGACCUCGAUGUGCUGGAAUACCUGGAAGGGGUAUUACUAUGGAUUAAAAUCAUCCACAAUAUUAGUUCGCGUUUAAUAUCUUUGGUAAUCGGUUAGCAGUUUCCUAAUACUAUUAAUGUAAAGGAUCUCAAGGCAAAAUAGUUUCAAUUAUUUCUGCAGGUAAAAAAACGGGAAUUCCCGGGACCCGGGAACGAAUAUAAAAUUUGAAAUUGAGUUAAAUAGUAAAAGAAAACAAAAAAUCGAUUUCUGUAAAAAACCGAGACAAUCCGGUUGGAAACGAUAAAAAUCUAGAUAAUUACUGAAAACCUGUUGUAACUGAUAAAGGAAGAAAAAAAUUUGUCAUAUGUACUGAAAACGUCAGUUCAAUACGACUCAAAAUAAGUCAGUUUUAAAGCAGUCGAAAGCUUACGUAACUUCCCUGUGAAGAUGAUUUCUACGACCCACAAUCAAUCACGCAAAUUGCACUUACUUAUUAAAUAAUUUAUUUCAGGUCGAAUUGAUCAUAGAUAAAAUUCAUCGUAUCAAGUGAACAACUUGGCAAUUUCAUAAUCAAGUUGCAAAUAUAAAAUAGAAAUGAAAUAAUAAAUCUUUCCAACAAAAGUUACACGUAAAACAGACUUGCAAGUUGGGUUUAAUUUUUUUUUGGAUUCAAGAAGUUUUUACUAAAUCGAAUACAUGUUAGUUUCAUUUUUCCUGAAAAGGACUAGUCUGCGUUGUGAAUAAUCAAACAUUUGAUUUGAAGAGACACGCCUGAAUCCAUUUGCUGUAGUUUGCUCAGAUCAAAUUUCAGUAUGAACAAAAAAAACAG